GCUCAGCUGCCUGCGCUCUACGUCACAGAGCGUUGCGCACACGCAGCAGCGUCACCGCCAAAGCGACUGACCUGCCAGCUGAGCGUCGAGAUCCCGCAGUGUAAUUUAGUUUGAGUCCUGAUGACAGCAGCGAUGCGGGGGGAGGUCCUGUGCAUGUACCGCAGAGUGCUCCGGAUCGCACGGGGGUGGCAGUCCCAGUCCGGCCUGGCUCAGGAGACAGACGCAGAGAAGCAGUACAUCAUCCAGGAGGCCAGCACCUUGUUCAGACAAAACAAGGAUAUCACUGAUGCAGAGUUGAUCAAAAAAUGUAUUGAGGAAUGUCAUGCAAGAAUAGAAAUGGGGUUGCAUUACAGGAUUCCAUAUCCCAGGCCGACACACCUGCCUCCCAUGGGCCUUGCUACCCAGCAAGGACGAAAAAUGCGCGGUCAAGAAAGACUGAGGAAGCAAGCAAGACCCAUCUACUUACACUCCCACGAUGAAACAUCAUGACCCUUUCGUGCUAAGGCUGACAUGUAGAUACUGUUCUUGGAACGUCUAUACGGGUAGGGAGAGUGCUUGCAUGAUGGCUACAUUUACAAAUGGGAGGAUUUCAUUUGUUUUUCCACACCUAUGAGUUAAAGCAUAACAUUAGGCUGUACUACCCUUGCCUACAUUAACAUGAUUCCUAAAAUGCAAUUCCAUGUAUAAAGUGGAUCUCUCAAGUAGCCUGUGCAUGCAUCUACACACACAUGUGCCUUUAAAUGACACCGUAACACCCACUGGGGAGCAACAGGGCUUUUAGUGCUUCUAUCCUUUCUGUGACAGUAUGUGAAAAUAAAAUAAUUCUUCCGAAUGGCUGGGAAUAAAAUCGCAGCGCGAGGAGGCAGAGUUUGUCUUGUCUGAUUUUCUGUUUUUAUGUGUGUAUAUAUUGGUGAACAGUUGUUGUUUUUUU